AUGGUGUUUGGGGUGUCGGAUGAAUUGUUGGGGACGUUUGCGCCGAUUGUGGUGUAUUGGGCGUACUCUGGAUUUUACAUUCUGUUCGGAUCGUUUGAGAAUUAUCGGUUGCACACGAAGGUAGAGGAGGAUGAGAAGAAUUUGGUGCCCAAGACAGAUGUUGUUAAAGGUGUUCUUCUCCAACAGGCUGUUCAAGCUCUCGUCGCCACCCUCCUCUUUGCUGUUACUGGAAACGAUGUUGAGGCUGCCACAGGUCAACAGCUUUCCCUUAUUGUUCUCGCUAGGCAAUUCUCAGUUGCAAUGGUGGUUUUAGAUACUUGGCAAUAUUUUAUGCACCGAUAUAUGCACCAUAACAAGUUCUUGUACCGACACAUUCAUUCUCAACAUCAUAAGCUGGUUGUCCCGUAUGCAUUUGGAGCUCUGUACAACCACCCACUAGAGGGGCUGCUUCUUGACACAAUUGGUGGGGCAUUAUCUUUCCUCCUCUCUGGCAUGUCCCCUCGAGCUUCCAUCUUUUUUUUCUCCUUUGCUACCAUCAAAACAGUUGACGACCACUGUGGGCUCUGGCUGCCCGGAAACCUCUUCCAUGUCUUCUUCAGAAAUAAUUCUGCCUAUCAUGACAUUCACCAUCAACUUUAUGGCACUAAAUACAACUUUUCACAGCCAUUCUUUGUCAUGUGGGACAGAAUACUUGGUACUUAUAUGCCUUAUUCACUUGAGAAGAGAGCGGGAGGGGGCUUUGAAGCACGGCCUACGAAAGAGUGCAAGAACAAUUGAUGAUACUAAUAUAUACCUUGUUUGCCACUAAGAUGUACUACUAUAAUUUUUUGCUCCCCUCUUUUUUUCUCUUUUUUCUCGAAUGCUUGAUUAUCUAUGCAUUUGUAUAUUUUUAAAUAUUCAUAUAUUUUGUUGUAUUAUUGGUCCUUAGUCCCUACAGAUAUUUUGAGACAAAUUUUAAGUGAGCCAUGUUCGAGGUGAAACCAUUG